CCCCGUUUGACUUCAAUCUGAUUUGGUGUCGUGGACGUCCACGCGAGAGGCCCGACAGACUUCGUUUCCCACAAUGCACCAGGUGUGAACCCGUGAAACGCUGCGCCGUGCGGACGUGUUUGACAGUAAUUCAAAAAUGGGGCAGCGGAGCAGAUAAGAGUGACCGCGGCGGAGUGUGACGAAGGCCUCCAGACACCCUGAAGCUCCCCGAGCUUCUCCGACUCCUCCUGCUUUGUGUCCGUUUGCCUCUUUAGCUUGUUUGUGUGCUGCUCGCGGAGCCUCACGCGCUGAUCGACAAAAACGGGAAUGAAUGAGGACAGCAGGCUGUGGAAAAGGUGAGCGCAGGGGAGCAGUUUCUUUUUUUAGGCUUUGAUCUUCGUGAGGGCAGAAACCAGUGAGCCGAGCCCCUGAGGAGUGAGUCCUCUCGCGGUCACACGAUCUUCGGCGCUAGCUACACACAGCUACAGCUAACGGGGACCAGCGGACCGAGCGUCGGCUCCUCGCUUCGGUAUGAUGCCCGGUGACAGCAGUAUGGCCUCCCUGGUUCAGAGGAUAGCUCGGCAGGCUCUCGUCACCUUCAGGAACACACCCGCGGUGGGCGACGAGGCUUCCAAGUCCUUCCUGGAGAACCACGGCAAGCUCCGGAGCCUGAUGUCGGAAGUGCGGGCUGCCGACCUGAAGCUCGUCCCGCGGAGAGCCGAGGACGGCGACGCGCCCCCUGCUCAGCACCCGUAUCACCGCGGUGCGCCCCCGGUCACCUACAUGCACAUCUGUGAGACGGACCAGUUCAGCAUGGGGGUGUUCCUGCUGAAGAGCGGGGCCUCUAUCCCGCUGCACGACCACCCGGGCAUGCACGGCGUGCUCAAAGUCAUGUACGGGAAGGUCCGGAUAAGCUGCUUCGACCGGCUCGAGCGACCGGGCGGGGACGCGCUGCCCCGGGCGGAGAUGGGCGCUCUGCGGCGCUACGUGCUUCGCUCCACCGGGGAGUACACGGAGGAGAGUGGACCCUGCGUCCUCUCCCCCGACCGGGACAACCUCCACCAGAUUGACGCCGUGGAUGGGCCCACAGCUUUCAUGGACAUCUUAGCCCCGCCGUACGACCCGGACGACGGCAGGGACUGUCACUACUACAAGGUGCUGCCCGGGGACGGGGUCAAAGACUCGGAGCAGACGGAGAAGGAGGUCUGGCUCAUGGAGAUCUCGCAGCCUCCGGAAUUCUGGUGCGGAGGGGAGCCGUACCCGGGCCCGGAGGUGUGCCUCUGAUCCCCCCCUCCACCCUCCCGGAGCCCUGCAGCCUGGCUGGAUCCACAAAGGAUCUCCACAGUCAUCAUCAGAGCCGCCAGCAGGCGCAGAGUAAAGGGCCAAAUGUGGGAUUAACUUGUGGUAAAAGGUAGAAAUGAUGCAUCAGCCCUGCAGCACACACUCUGGAGCGUGAAUUUUAUUCACUCCAGCUUCUGCUUCAGUUGGACAAACAUCGGAGCCUCAGGCAACAGUAAACGACUUCCUGCCUGUGCUGUGAUCCCCGUGGAUGUGACGGUCAGGAACCCACAUCUGAAUCAUUCUGUUGAUGUGCUGACUUUCAGGAAGUAGUUUUAUUUUUAAAAACUGAGGCUCUUUACUCUACAGAGACUCCGGUUAAGCCAGAGUCUGUCCUGAAACCUGACUGAAGCUCAUAAACCUCUCUCGGUAUUUGUAUUUACUCUGCUCAGUGACACUAACUUGUAUGGAGGACCCCAGCUGCCCAAAUCACACGUAAAUCCAUUGUUGAAUCGACAGUUUUCUUGUUUCCAGGCUGUCAAAAUGGGGGAAAAAUAGAUGUGCAGGACUGAAACGACCACAGUGAAAUCCAGCCAAUAAGCCUUAAUGCAUCAAUAAGUUUAUUAAUAGUCCAUGGGCAUAGAUGAAUAUUGGAUUCAUAAAAUUUAAUUUACUGCUGUAUAAUAAAAUAAUUCUCCCAUUUCGUUACCUUCCCAGUUAUUUGUUUAUAAAAGUGUUUAAAAUUAUUUAAAAUUGGUAUAGAGUUCUAGGUAAUACGCUCAUUUGUGAUUCGCCAUUAAAUACGUAGGAAUAUGAGCAUCAGAAAACUCCAUGUUGUUUGUAUGCAUCGCUAACUCUUCAAAGAAUGUAUAGAUAAAUUAAUAAAUAAGGGAUUAAAGAGAUUCUAGGCCAAAGGUUUGACUAUGAAGGAAAACAUAAAAAGAAAUAUAAAAAAUAAAGUAAAAUAAUGCAGAAGCAACUUAGCUGUGAAAGUAUUAAAUGACCCAAUAAUACAUGUUAGUAUUUUAAUUAUCUAUUAAUUUAUAAAUGAGCAGGUGGUGGAUAAAUAAUUUGAAUUUAAAUAUUUAUUCUAUAAAGUGACAGUUUUUGUUUUCUUAUUAUUUUGUUAAUCGUUUUCUUUUCUUUGUUUCCAAAUUUUGUUUUUGUAAAAUCAAAAUGUUUGUGAUGUUAACGUUUUGAUUUUGAUGGAUUGAUGCCAAAAUAGAAAAUGAAUUUAAAAAGGACAGAAAGCGGUUAACUACACAAAUUUGUUUUUGGCGGCUUCAGUCUUCCAUAAAGUGUUGAAUCUGAAUCUGACCGACAGCUGUUUCGUUACAGUCACAUCUGGACUGAUUUUCAAAGCUAAAAUCAGACCAGGUGUUUUUAUUUCACACCUGAAAGUUGAUAAUGCUGCGUUUGAGAAAAGUCUGGAAUUUUCUGCUUUCAUUUUGACUGAAUUAAAUUACUUAUUAGGAACAAAACCAUAUUGGAAAUAAAUGCAAGCAUUAAUUACAUUUUUAUGAACUUAAUUAUGUUCACUUUGGUUUUCUUUAUUAACCAACUUGAAAUAUUUUCCUUUCCUCUUGUCACCUGAUUUAUUUCCCCAAAUAUCUUUUAUUUUUACUUUAUUUUUUUUCUACUGUUCUGCUUCAGCUAAACCAUCUGAAACAUACAAAUAAUAAAACUGUAAAACUGCCUAAAUCACAAA